GGGCGGUCCCCUGGGCAAGAAGGGCCGUUUUGGCGGGGAAAUGUGACGUUUACCGACCCUGUGUACCGGCUCCGGUGGCGUCGGGUUGACUGUUUGGGCGGCGGGACACGGGGUCGGAACGAGCCGCGAAGCGACCGAGAAGCUGGAGCACGGACGCUGGAGAGCCGGCUCCGCCACGACGGCGAGGCGGAAGUCCAGCGGCGGCCCGAGCCCGGCUCCGGGCGGUACAGGCUGCGCGCCGAGCUGCGGUCUCCAGCCCGGAAGCCCUGCGCGAAGAGGUGUGGACGUUGAGUGGGCCUCAUUAGCGUGGGAAGAUGGCUGCAUCCAAAGCCGCUAUCCCUUCCUUGGCCGAAUGUCAAUGCGGGAUCUGUAUGGAAAUCCUCCUGGAGCCGGUAACCCUCCCCUGCAACCACACGCUCUGUAACCCGUGUUUCCAGUCGACUGUUGAAAAGGCCAGUCUGUACUGCCCCUUCUGUCGCCGCCGGGUCUCCUCGUGGACACGGUACCAUGCCCGAAGAAAUUCUCUCGUUAAUACAGACCUGUGGGAGAUUAUUCAGAAACACUAUGCAAAGGAAUGCAAGCUCAGGAUUUCUGGACAAGAGUCAAAGGAAAUCGUUGAUGACUACCAGCCAGUUCGUCUGCUAAGCGAGCCUGGGGAGUUAAGACGAGAAUACGAGGAAGAGAUAAGCAAGGUGGAAGCUGAGCGACAAGCCAGCAAAGAAGAAGAAAACAAAGCCAGUGAGGAAUAUAUACAGAAAUUGUUGGCAGAAGAAGAGGAGGAGGAAAAAAGACAGUUGGAAAGAAGAAGAAGCGAGAUGGAAGAACAGCUGAAAGGUGAUGAAGAACUGGCAAAGAGUCUAAGCAUGGAUAUUAAUGGUUCCAGAAAUUUGAGUUCCAAAAAAUCAGAUCCAGUCACAAACAAGUCACAGAAGAAAAAUACAAACAAACAAAAAAACUUUGGAGAUAUUCAAAAGUAUUUGUUACCUAGGUUGAAGUCUGAGUCAGCAUGGCCAUGUCAAGCUGUGCAUGGAGAAGACAAAAGCUGCAUGUCGAAGGAAAUUGACAGUAGUGACAUGAAGAGCCCUGUGUUGCAAGACACAGAAAUUGAAAAAGAUAUGCCAACACUUUCUCCACAAAUAGGCCUAAAAUCUCAAGAACAAGGUUUAGAGUUUUUGGCAGAGUUACCUGUGCCAUGGUUAUGUAUAAGGGAUGCUGAACAGUGCCUUGAGGGAGAAGUUGAGACAGCAUCAACCAAUCCUAAUGACUUAAGUGUUGUAUAUCAUGAUGGACCUGGAGCCAAAGUUUCCUGCUCUAAUGAAGCUACAGUUGAGCCUUCUGGCGAAAUAGAAAAUAAAGAGUAUUCUGUGUCAGGUAUGACCCAGUUAACUGGGGACAACAGAGUUCCAACAGAGAGUAGAAUGUAUCACCUACUAGUCGGAAAAGAGAUCUCCAAAAGAGAAAACCAGGAGUCUGUAUUUGAAGAAGUCAUAGAUCCAUGCUUUUCUGCAAAAAGAAGGAAAACAUCCCUCCAAUCCUUAGAUCAAGAAGAAACAAGAUCAAGGAGUGAAUCAGAUCAAGAAGUGAAUUUUACGCAAAAACUGAUAGAUUUGGAACAUAUGCUUUUUGAGAGACAUAAGCAAGAAGAACAGGACAGACUGUUAGCAUUACAGCUUCAGAAAGAGGUGGAUAAAGAACAAACGGUGCUAAACAGGCAGAAAGGAUCCCCAAAUCAGUACCAGUUGCGUACACCUUCACCCCCAGACAGGCUACUGAAUAGACAGAGGAAGAAUUCCAAAGAUAGGAAUCCUGUAAAGCAAACCAAUGCAGAACAUUCAAAAUCUCAGAGGAGCACAAAAGAUGAAUAUUGGCAACCCUUUAAAAACACAUGGAAGGAUUCAGUUAAUGGAAGAAAGAUGCCAAGUUCUAUUAAAGACAAUUGUAAUGUAUCUAAAAGCACCUAUCCCCUACAGCCUAGUAAGUCACAGAAAAGCAUUUUUCAGAUGUUUCAGAGAUAACAAAGCAAAGCAUGUGGAGAGUAUUCUGUAACCUAGGAAAGCUGUAUUGCAAAGCUAGCUCUUCCAUCAUAAAAUCCCGAAGUGUGGUAUUAACUUCUGCUCAGCAAGCACCCUUAUUCUCAAACUGUGGCUACAAAGGAAGAAUCUAUUAACGUGUUUCUGCAAAAGUCAGUAAUAAGGAAAGGUCCUUGAUUGUUGCUGUUGUCAAUAACGGCUGUGCUCUAAGUUCUGUGCCUUCACAGGUAAAAUGCCUUGGUCAGGGCAUCUUCAGGUGCCGUUUCCCUUUCCAAGCACUGUUUUAGGCUUGCUGCUGCUGUUGUUGUUUUUGCUUUUUGUUUGUUUGUUUGUUUUGUUUUUUUAAUGAAUGGGUAAAGAAUCCACACAAGUACCUUCUAUAACACUAGAGUAAUUAAUUCCCAUCCUAACUAUAAUUUUAAAAAUUUUAGCAUUUCUUUUGACUUAAAAUGGAUUAGUAUCAGCAUCAAUUAGUUGACAAAAAGGCUGCUAGACUGUUAACACAAAAGGGUUUCAAUAGGGUGGACUGAGUGGUAGAUUGGUGAUAGGGGUCUCUGGAGCUGAAUUGGGUAAUCAGAAACUGGGUCCAGAAUGGACACCGGAUUUCUUGUUGUGGAACAUUUUUCUUCAUCCUUUCUUUGUAAAGUGGUGGAACAUAGUUUACAGCUUUUCACACUGUAGUACCUUGGUGUGAAAGGCAAACAUUGGGCUAUUUCUACUGUUUGCAUGUAGAAAAGGGAAUUUACUGCAGGAAAUUAUGCUCUACAGUUGAACACCAUGCGUUAAUGUCCCUAUUGCUUACUGGCUCACACUUUGACUUGUUUGUGCACAGAGAUAGAAAGUGCUGUGUUGGGUUUGUCCCAGCUUUCUCUGGAAGGUAAAUGCAAAUGCAACUGACUUCAUGUUGUGAAAUUUGCUUCUGCUACCCUCUUUCCUUUCAUUGAGACAGCUUUUAGUAAGCCAUAGUAUCAGUAGCGUUUCUCCUGUGUGCUGGCAUUCAUUUACUGUCAAACUGUCCGAGUGCAGUGUUUGGCUCCAUCCGUAUUUUUGUCAUUUGAACUGUUCCAUCCACGUUUUGAGAUUGAUUUUAUGUUUAUGUUGCCAUAUUUUUUUUUCUAAGAGUUUUACUUGAUGCUUAAAGGAGACAGUGUUGGCUUCAAAUUGAAAGUUAAUGCAUUAAGGAGCUAGAGAUACGGCUCAGCGGUUAAGAACACUGGCUGCUCUUCCAGAGGACCUGAGUUCAAUUCCCAGCAACCACAUAGUAGCUCAUGACCAUGAUGGGAACUGAUGUCCUCUUCUGUCACACAGGCAUACAUGCAAAUAGAACACUCAUAUGUAGAAAUCAAUAAAUCUUUUAAAAUUUUCAUUAAAUCUUUGUGGAAUAGUUCAUGACCAAAAAGGGAAGAAAAACAGGCCACAGUGUGGCAUAGUUAGAAUUUAUAAUUUAUAUACUUCCCUUCCUGUUUGUCCGUGGGAAGUCAUCCUCCUGAUUGAAGGUGACUUUAGUUUCUCUGUUUAGUUUUGAUUCCUACUGUUUAUGCCUUUGUGUUAAAAGUAUUAAAUUUUUUAUUGGUCAUUAGUGAAAUGCAUUUUCCUCAUUUUUGUUGAAAAAUAUUUAAUUUCUUAGAGUAUUAAAAUUGUGCAGGUGUUGGAAAUAAAAUUUUAAAAAAUUAAAAGGAGGCCAGGCAUGGUGGCACAGCUUACCUAAUCCCAGUACUUGAGAGGGAGCAGCAGGGGCAUUUAUGUGAGUUCUGAAAACAAAUUUAAAAGAACGAUUAAUGAAAGUUGACGCUCAUGUUUAUUUUACCACACAAACCGUGCACGUCAACCUCACGGAUGCCGAGGCUGGAGGAUUUUGAUCUGGUGGUCCAGCCGGGCUGCAUAUUCAGACCCUAUGUGUGGUGUUAGAGGGGGACCCACAGCCUUGCACAUGCUAGCUAAGCAUCUCUCACUGAGCUACAUUUCGAGCCCAAGUGAAACCGCUCAAAAACCAAAACAAAACUCCCAAAAUACAUGGUUGCUGGGCAGAGUAGUGUAUGCUUUCAAUCCCAACACCUAAAAGAAAAAGGCAGGCACAGAUCUCUGUGAGUUUGAGGCCAGCCUUGUUUACAGAGUGAGUUCUAGGCUACACGGAGAAACCUUGUCUCCAGAAACAAACAAACAAACAAAGUGAGUGACUGGAGGUGGAGCACGUGACUGGAGGGGUGCUGUUCAGAAGCUUUGCAUGGAUGGGCAAGAGGUAUGCCGGGAGGUGGGAGACAGCCUGAGACUGAGAGUGUCUCUCCCUGACCAGCCUUCACAAGGCUUUGGUGAAUGAUUUUUGGAAGCUGCCUUGAGUCACCAUGUGCCGGUAAGAUCCUUACCCAUGCUUCAAAAACCAACUAGCAAAACACAGUCUACAGCUGAGUGCCAUGGCACAUUCCUGUAAUCCCAGCACUUGAGGAGGCAGAAGCAAGCUGAUGGCUGUGAGUUCGAGGCCAGCCUGGUCUACAAAGUGAGUCCAGGACAGCCAAGGCCACACAGAAACCCUCUCUCAAAACAAACGAGAACCCCCACAACCUACAACAGGGAUCUACAAGAAAAAAGUUUUUGAUACAGCUGGCUGUACUAGCCUGUGCAUUUAAUUCCAGGCAGGUAGAUCUGAGUUCUAGGCCAUCCUUGACCCAACAGAGAUUCCAGGCCAGCCAGGGCUAGAGAGUGCUACAUAAUGUGACCCUGUUUCCAAAAAGCAAAUAAAAGCAAGGGCUGGAGCAAUGACUCAACAGCGAAGAGCACUGACUGCUCUUCCAGGGGACCUGGAUUCAAUUUUCAGCACCCACAUGUCAGCUUACACGUGUAACUGUUCUGGAUUGCCUGGGCACCACCCAUGAUGUGAUGCACAGAACUAUCUCCAUGUGUAACAGAAGUAACGUGAGUAACGGUGAAGCCACAGUGGGUAAGCAGUGUGGGUCCAGGUAACCUUGGCGUGAAGGAGAUUGUUACAGCUCUGAGGGGAGAGGUUUCCCCGAGUCUGUGCUACCACUGGAGGACACAACAAACCACAAGAGAGAGAUGACUGGGAGAGACUCUAGAGGGUGGCUGCCUCUGCUUGGGCAAAAAGCGGCAGGGAACUAACCAGGAGACAAGAAACCAGGGUUUCUUGGGGUGUGGAGUUUUCCAGGGUAUGGAUUGGUGCUAUUUCAAGUCCUGAGCUUGUAGGGAGCCAGGAAUUGGUGGGUUUUCCAAACCUGGAAGUGAGCUUGGACUUUAUACCCUAUAGGAGAACACUGAGACAAUCUAACCAUAAAUGUGAAAGUCAUUUGCUUCCUAAGCUAGCAGGAGCUUAGGGUGUGGGAGAGGAUGCACUCUGAAGACCUCUGAGGGGGAAAUGCUUUCCAACCGUUGCCUGUAUCUCUGACAUAGCCCUGUUAGUCCACUUCGAGACAAGGGAUUUGAAGGCUGGAGUUGGAUAAGAAAACAAAACACAAGGAGCAGGAGAUGGCCCUUCUCUUCCAGAAGAACACAUGGAAGCUCAUAGCUCUUAACUUUAACUCCAAUGCCCAGUUCCAGGAAAUCCACCACCCUCUCUGGUCUCCACAGAUACUGCACACACAAUGUGAACACACAUAUGCAGGCAAAACACCCUACAAAAAUUAAUAAAAUGUAAAUAACAUUUUAGGGACUGAGGUAGCCCAAAGCUAGCUUCAACCUUGACAUGCUAAUAGGCACCACAGUCAUAUGGUCUUGGAAAAGUGACAGGUGUUGGAGAUAAAGAGCAUGACUCCUUUUAGCAAGUAGACACUAUCUUCAAGCCCUGAGAGAAUGUUGGCUUUUGUCUAAAUUCCACACUUUGGGAAAAGGAAUUUCUUUAGGUGAGAGGUAAAACAGGGUUUCAUGUCGCCCAGGCCGGCCUAGAAUUUGCUAUCUAGCUGAAGAUGACCAUAAACUGAUUCUUCUCUCACUAUCAAGUUCUGUGACUACAGCUAUGUGCCACCAUGCCUGGACCUUUUAUUUAUUUGUUUGUUUGAACUUUAGCAGCCAUUUACUCCUAUUGCCAGUCUGUUUGUCUGUCUAUUUAUUUAUUAUUAUUAUUACUAUUAUUAUUUUGUAGCCUUGCUGUCCUGAUACUUACUCUGCAGACCAGGCUGGCCUGGUAGCUUCUGCCUCUCUCCUGCUGGGAUUAAAGGCAUAAGCCACCAUGCCCAGCUCAAAUCCCUUUUCUUUAUAGGAAGCCAAAGCAAAGGAGUCUGGGAAUUGUUUGAAGUCAUAGCAGUUUAGAACAGCAUCUUGGAGCUGAAAGAAGAGGAAGGAAACCAAGCUACAGGUGUUAUAAGUAGAGUCUCCCCUAUCCUAGGCUGCCCUUUAACUCUCAAGGUAGUUCAGGAUGAGCCUGAACUUCUGAUCUUUUCUGACUUGGAAAGAACUGGGAUCCAGGUGUAUGCCACCACACCUGGUUUUAUUCUAUGGACUGGAUGCAAGUCUGCUACCCAUAAGCAACAUUCUCUACCCAGAUGCCUAGAAAUAUCCAGACUCAGCACAGAGAUCUGCCUGCCUCUGCCUCCCCAAGUGCUGUGAUUAUAGGCAUGUGCCACCACACCUGGCUUACUUUGGUUUCUUUACUGAGUCCAUUCCAUACAGUUUGUUUUUUGAGACAGGGUCUCUCUGUGUGUCGCUGGGAGUCCUGGAACUUGCUAUGUGAAUGAAAAUAAGGACAUGGCCACUUCAGGGUAUGAUUGAGAAGGGUUUUAUUGUAGGUAUGAGGGAGAGAACAGCCAGAAACAUCUAGAAGAGUCCAGAGUAAACAUGGCAGCAGAACAGACUGGCCAUGAGAGGGGAAGAGAGAAGAGAAAGAGGGCCAAUAGGACCAAGAGAGUGCAUGGGAAGUGAGAGACUGCGUAACUGAAGCAUCUGUUAUACAGGGCUGGGGGAAGGAAAGCAAGGCCCAGACGCUGAGCUGGAGAGGUUUAGGGUAGGGGAUGGGUGAAGAACCAGCCGGCCUCCAUCUUAGGAUCGAAAGCCAUCUUACAGUAAAGACAAACCACCCAUUCCUGUUUAUGAUUAAACCUGUUUCUCAAGGAUUGGACUGUGCCCCACUUAUAACCUUAACUACAAAUGGUUCUGUACCGCCUGUACCAGAAAACAACCAUGUCUUUGUUUCAAAAAGUUGUUAUGACCCUACCUUGCAACCCGACUUUUGUUUCACAAGGUCACUAUAACCACUUGCCAUGACCACCUUGUUAUGACCACCUUGUUAUGCUCUGCUCCUGUAACCCCACCUAUUUGCUGCCAAAUCCCCAUUUGGAAACCUCCUACCCCUGGGCUAUAUAUAAAAGCCCUUCUUUUCCUCAUGUCCAAUGCUGAUCUCUUGAAGUCUACUUUUAGGGGAAAAUAUCCCGUGUAUACAAAAUAAUAAAAAUAAUAAAGCUUGCUUUAAUUAA